UUGCCCUUCAAAAUAUAAAAGAAAAUAAAGUGGACAAGAAGAAAAAAGAAGUGCGUUCAGGGCAAAUCCAUCUGUAUAGGCAAUUUUUGUUCGAAUUCGAUCGAGGAGAUGGGGAAGCAACCAGUGAGAAUGAAGGCAGUGAUAUACUCACUUUCACCAUUUCAACAGAAGGUAAUGACAGGUCUCUGGAAAGAUCUCCCUGACAAGAUCCACCACAAGGUCUCCGAGAACUGGAUCAGCGCCACACUCCUUCUCGCCCCUCUUGUCGGCGUUUACUCGUACGUGCAGAACUACCAGGAAAAGGAGAAGUUGGAGCACAGGUACUGAGGUCUCAGAUGCAGUUCAGGGAUUGUUUACAUUUUUGUGGAAAACUUCAUAUUUUUCUUGUUUUACUGGCAAUAAGCUGAAUGCUUGGCUGUUAGCUGCAGUUGCAGUUAGUUAGCAAACUUCUGUUUAUGAAUUUUUUUUAUGCCAAUGUUAAAUCUAAAUGUGUACUUGACAUGUUGUCAGAAUUGGUAAAUACUCAGCAUAUAUGGUCUUAAACUCUCUCCUAUAACUGAAUGCUUCUUCAUCAUCCAUUGUGGCCCAAUUAUAAGAUUAGCAUGUUAAACUGUUUUCUAAUGGAAUUUGUGGCGUUUAUUAGAAAUGCCAUGUUCUAUUUCUUA